UACAUGUCCGCGUUAGUCACAAGUGUCUGAAACAUGGAGCGGCAGCGGACAGCGCGAAGCUAAAGCCUGGAGAGGUUACGGUGGCUAAAGUCCAAACCCGGGGAAGAACUUAUCGUCUCGAUGGCUGUGAAAAGUUAACGCACAGACAAGCGAAAAACAGCAAUAAUUCCCCUCCGACCGACUUGAGCCACUCUCACUCUCCUGGCUCCAUGGCAGCAGCAGUGCGAGGCAGCGAGUGGUCAUGUGGACGCUGCACCUUCUUAAAUGCCGGCGCAGCACCUCGCUGUUCUAUCUGUGAGGCGCCGCGCCAGAAACCUGACCUUAACCAGAUCCUGCGGCUGAGCAGCAACGAGGAGCACCGCUGGGCGUGUCCCCGCUGUACGCUCAACAACCCGCAGGGAUCUGGAGCCUGCUCUGUCUGUGGCUUCGGACCGUCACCCGCCACUCACACGCCCCCUACGACCACCAUAGCUGCCACUGCCAACGGCCUCCCGCCUGCUCCAACAGAACCCCCAACACCCAUUGUCACCCCCACGGUUCUGCUUGAGCCUCAUGGACAGCAUCCAGCGAAGGAGGAAGCGCUGCGGCGGUCUGAGAGCAAUGGAGAAGUGUGCGGCCUGGAUGGGCACCACUCGGGUUGGGCUUGCCCUCGCUGCACACUUCAUAACACACCCGUGGCACUGUCAUGCUCCGCCUGUGGUGGGCCAAGGAAACUGUCUUUGCCUAAAAUCCCCCCUGAGGCGCUGGUGGUGCCGGAGGUGCGCACACCUGUGCUGGGUUUUCCUGUGAACACAGCGGGGGCUGCCCCACUACUUAUAGACCUAACUGAUGACUCUCCCCCAGCUCCUCCCUGUGACCCCCAAGAACCUCCCCAUGUCUCCUCACAGUCCCUUUCCUCCCCUUUUACGUCUUUUUCCUCACUCCAAAAUAACCCGGUGCCCCGCAGCAGGAGAGAGGUGCCCCCUCCUGGGCGCCCACCAAACCCAGGCACCAACACUCCCAGCCCCACCUCCCCUUCAGCUGCCAGUGUGCCACCCCAGCCAGGCCCACAGCGGCCAGCCAAGCCCAAACAUGCCCAACCCCAGGAACCUUCAUACCCCAGCAAGCGCCUCAGUAUAUUAGAGGAAGAAGAUCCUCACCCACUGAACCCUCACCUCCCUGUUGCUUCCUCAGCCCCCUCCACCUGGAAGUGCCCGAGCUGCUCUUUGCCCAACCCGGGUGGCUCAUCAAAGUGCGAGGCCUGCCGCUCUUCACGGGCUGGUGCUGACCUCAUUGACCUGGUAGGCUGUGAGACGGUACGAUUUACCCCGGCCAGCCCCUCCAGCCCGGACUUUAGCACCUGGGCCUGCUCCAAGUGCACGCUGCGCAACCCUACAGGGGCACCCAAGUGCUCAGCCUGCGGUUCCUCUAAGCUGCACGGCUUUCAGGAGCAGCAGGUGCCUCUCCCCCGCUGCUGUACACACUGUGGCUCUGCAUCAUGCUCCUGCACACCUUCCUCAUCCUCCUCGGGUCAUAAAACACGUAAACAGGCCCGGGGCUACCCUCCCUCCUCUUCUGCUAUUGCCUCCUCUAGUUCCUCCUCCUCCUCCACCACCUCAGCCAGCCUUCAGGAGAAGGUCGCACAGUGGAGCUGCCCAGCAUGUACUCUGCUCAAUGACAUCAAGGCCAAGAACUGUGCAGCAUGCCACACACCGCAGCAGUACCUCACCCUUCGCAAGGUGGUGAAGCCUCUGAAGAGGAGAGAGAGCAUGCAUGUAGAGGCCCGUCGACGAAAUGAUGAGGGCGAGGCCAAGGAGCUUUGGGAAAACAUAGUCAGCUUCUGCAGAGAGAACACAGUGAACUUUGUGGAUGAUAGUUUCCCACCGGGACCUCGCUCCGUGGGCUUCCCUGAGGGUGACAGCGUCCAGCAGCGAAUCAAAAAGUGGCUCCGCCCCCAUGAGAUCAACUGCAGCAACUUCAAAGACCGAGGCGUCAAGUGGUCUGUCUUCCGCACGCCGCGGCCCUCUGACAUCCUGCAGGGCCUGCUCGGAAACUGCUGGUUCCUGAGUGCGCUGGCGGUGCUUGCGGAGCGUCCAGAGUUGGUGGAGAGGGUGAUGAUUACUAGGACAAUCUGCCCAGAGGGGGCCUAUCAGGUUCGGUUGUGUAAAGACGGGACGUGGACCACGGUACUUGUGGAUGAUAUGUUGCCCUGCGACGACUACGGCUACCUCCUCUUCUCCCAGGCCCAGAGGAAGCAGCUAUGGGUGGCGCUGAUUGAAAAGGCCCUGGCCAAACUCCAUGGCUCCUACUUUGCCCUGCAGGCAGGGCGCGCCAUCGAGGGUCUGGCCACGCUGACGGGGGCUCCCUGCGACUCCCUGAUGCUCCAGGUCAGCUCCACCAACCCUCGGGAGGAACCCAUCGAUACGGACCUCAUCUGGGCCAAGAUGCUCAGCUCCAAGGAGGCUGGCUUUCUAAUGGGUGCAUCUUGUGGAGGAGGCAACAUGAAGGUGGACGAUGUUGUUUACGAGUCACUCGGUCUGCGGCCUCGACAUGCCUAUUCCAUCCUGGAUGUACGAGAUGUUCAGGGUUACAGGUUGCUGCGGCUGCGUAACCCGUGGGGUCGCUUCUCGUGGAAUGGCAGCUGGUCGGAUGAGUGGACAGACUGGCCGCAGCACCUGCGUCAUGAGCUGAUGGCUCACGGCAGCAGUGAGGGCGUCUUCUGGAUGGAGUACAGCGACUUUAUAAAGUACUUUGACUCAGUAGACAUCUGUAAGAUCCACUCAGACUGGCAGGAGGUGAGGCUGCAGGGCUGCUUCCCCAGCAAGGCUAGUGGGCCGGUCACCGUCACAGCGCUCACUGUGCUGGAGAGGACGGCGCUGGAGUUUGCUCUCUUCCAGGAGGGAAGCAGGCGUUCAGACACAGCUGACAGCCACCUACUGGACCUGUGCAUAAUGGUGUUUCGUGCCUCCUUCGGGAACGGCAACAAGCUGACUCUUGGCCGCCUGUUGGCCCAUAGCAAGCGGGCGGUGAAGAAGUUUGUUGGCUGUGAUGUCAUGCUGGAACCGGGGGAGUACGCUGUUGUUUGCUGCGCCUUCAACCACUGGCAGAUGAAUGUCAGCGGGGCGGGAGGGCCACCUACGCCAAUCUCCAGUCCGACCAGCGGAGCAGCAAGGCGGCCCAGCCAAGACUUCCCUGGCUACAUCCUCGCCAUCUACAGCUCCAGACAGGUGAUGGUGGAGCAGGUGGAGGCGACGGCCACCACGCUGGCCGACGCCAUCAUCCUCCUCACGGAAAACAAAGGCGAAAGACAUGAGGGCCGCGAGGGCAUGACGUGCUACUACCUGACCCACGGCUGGGCGGGGCUUAUCGUAGUGGUGGAGAACCGCCACCCAAAAUACUACCUCCACGUCUCCUGUGACUGCACUGACAGCUUCAAUGUGGUGUCCACACGCGGCAGCCUCAAGACCAUCGACAGCGUACCACCUCUGCACAGGCAGGUGCUGGUGGUGCUCUCUCAGCUGGAAGGAAAUGCCGGCUUCUCCAUCACCCACCGCCUGGCUCACCGCAAGGCAGCCCAGGCCUCCCUGGGUGACUGGACCCCCACCAAGGCCACCCACAGCCCUCAGCUCACUCCAGACAUCGAUGGCCUGCACCGGCCCAGGCCACUAUGACCACCGCCCACUGUCACACACACAGACUAUUAUCCAAUGUACUGUCAGACCACUGGAAAACCAGGCAAGGGAGGGCGAGUGGUGUGUGCAGCCCUAAAACGUGGAGAAAGAUGUGUUUUUGUGUGUCUUUAUUGGAUGAACCCACAUCUGAAUGUAAAGCAUAAAUGGUGAAGCAUGUACGUGCUGUCCUCCUAAUGCUCCAUAAAUGCUUUCAUCCGGCCCACGCGCACUCUCUCCCUUGCCAAGUGGAUGUGCCAUUACAGGAUGAAAUGAGGGAAGCGGGUCACAUGGAAUGACCUGGGCUUACUCACGGAAACAUUUUUUUUUUUCACCCAGGCACCAACAGGAUCCAGUUCAGACUACUUAAAAACUCUUUUUGGUACGAGCGCUGUACGCAGAACGGAUGUCAUCUCCUGAGUUUUGUAUGCUUGGAAGACGACCCCGCUUUCCUCACAGAAGUCAGGGUGGAGUGCCGUAACUACUGAGCCAUUUGCCGGGCCACAAACUAUGAGCCAAUCACCUGCAGCGAUAAGACACUUAAACCACCGUGUCAUCCACAAGGACAGCUAGCAAAGCAGAAACAUAAUGGGGAGUUAAUCUCACCCAGCCCUCAGUACGGUACUUAAUGAGCCAAACCCAUAUUCAGAUUUUACCCACAGUCAUACAUGUUUUUUUAUUUGAACGAUACACAUUGGUCUUACUUGUUUUAUACCCGGCCCUUGUUGCUGUUGUUGUCCAUAUUUGUGUUUUUGAGGUCAUGAAAAAAAGCCAUCAUUCAUACAGUACUGUCUGUCUACGCUCCCCAUCGUCACCGCAGUGCUGUCUAGCGCUCGCUCUAGCUCAGGACCAAACCCGUGAUUUGUAGAGUAAAGCUGGAGUCAAGCAAAACCUCAAGCUCAUGUUGUGGCAGGUGUAGUGUUCCCAGUUGUGGCAUAGAGAGCUUUUACACUGACACAUAAUAGAAUUCCCUCCCUUGCGUUUCAGUAAACUAACAUGCAAUUUUGUCUUUUUCCCUACAGACAAGCAACCACCCUUUUUUUGCUUCCUCUUACUUUAAUUCAUUUUCGCUCAGUUUAGGGUCUAAACGCUGGAGGCGAGUCGUUACAUGACCAGCUUUGUAGUUUACCCCUCGGGCACGCUGGCUUUUCUCAUCCACUUCAGACAUCAGUUUAUAUCCGCACACAUAAAUUCACACUUGGGGGAACAACUCCCCUCACUAGAUGUGUUAUAAAGUGAAAUUAAUGCUGCUCCUUGCACUCUUGGAUUGUGACACCCUAAAUUUUGUGUCUGAUCUUUUUUGUUGGUACUGAAGGUCAGCGAGUAUUUUCCUGUUUCUCACACUUCAACAGUUUGCCAGUAUUUUUGAUUUAGUGUACUUAGGGAGUACCAGAGCUAGUUGCUGUUUGAACAGUCAGUUUGCCAUAGGGGAGCUCCUCCGCCGAGCCGUCAAGUUUACUUUGGGAGGUCAGGGACCAUUAUUGUUUGCUUGGGUGCAGCGCGAGCAUCUGGGCCACCCUCCCACAAGGAUACACCGACCGCACAUUAGCGACAGCACAGAGUCCUCGUGUAAUAACAAAUUACCAUUUUGUCAAACUGCGUGCACACAUAACAAGAGAGAGAAGGGACCCCUGAGACAUGUUGUGACACAGAAAAGAGUUUUAGUUCCCUCGCAGUUUUUGGCUGCGUCGUUUCAAAGGACGGGCUGCCUACAGCUGUUUUUACCCAGGUCUUCUUUCAGGGGCCCCGCCCGCCUGUUUGUUCCAAUUUCUCCAGUGUCAAAGCCAUUACUCCAGCUUCACUAAGGAUCCUUCAGUCCUCACCAUGGCAACAUAGAUGUUUUAACAGAGAGAAGUGAAAGACUAACGCGGUACUAUAGUAACAGGGUGGAUAGGGAGACUUUUUUUUAUUUUUCAAGUCAAAGUUGAUGUCUUACUGUUGUUGAAAUGGGGAAAGACUUGAAAGUCGAUUAGCAAAAUCGCUGAAGCCGAUUUAUUUCUCAUGUUAAGAUAAUUUUGGGUCUAAACGUUGAAGUUCCCACAUGAGAUGAGUCAGUUUAGGAUUUAAAGGUCCAGUGCAGAAAUUGAAUAUAAUAUAAUAAGUAAAGCUGGGUGAUAUGGCUUAAAAAUAAUCUUGUGAUAUGUUUAGGCUAUAUCACCAUAUAAGAUGCAAAACAGGAUAUUUUUAAAUCUCUAAACUACUGUAAACUACUAAAAUACCCAAAUACUAAAUGAACUACAGUUACAACGAAGUUAGAUAAAGUAGCUGCUGUUAUAAUAAAGUUGAAUAAAAUACUUUAAUAAUAAAGAUGAAUUAAAUAUUGUUAUAAUUAAAUAAAUCAAAGUGAAAACACUGGUGCUUUUAUUUUGAAGCACCCAGCUCAUCUCGAGCUGUAAGCGUUGAUGUUCUUGCUGUGAACUUGUAACUUUCGGUCAAGCAACAGAAAGUUAAACUGUCACCAUGGCGCCAUUACUCAGGAGAAUGUGGUUUAGAUAGGCGGAGGAGUGUGUGUGACGCAUCAUGUCAUCAUGCCAAAGCGAGUCUCCCGUCAGUGGCUUUAAAAAAUGACGUGACAGUGUAUGCUCAGUGUUUGCGACACAGUCAUUUUAUACAUCACAUGUGGAACAGGCUGCAAUACACGUGUAUAUUCGAUAUAAAGUAUUUCUUUCUUGUAUCAUCACUUGAAAGUAAGAAUCGUGUUUUUGUUUACUUAGAGUGAGCCGUGUAUAUCUUUGGCUGCCGUGGUUAGCAGUCCCUUCGCAAUGAGCAGCAUCGGAAAACACAGAUUUUUGCUUUUGUUUUUCUGUAAAGCAAUUCUUUUUCAUUCAGUGUUUUUCCUGAUUUAAAUCACCAUUUGUUUUAGAGAGGAGGAAACCUCUUUGGAUAAUCCAACUCAUGGUAAAAACCUUCUGAAUGUCUGGAUCUGAAAUUAUCAGAGAAAGAAAGUGAACACACAUCAGCGGGUGCUAGGCUGGCGGCUCGUCUCCAAUGAGGCACAUCAGAGAAACACCGAUUUGUAACAUGAAACUACUUUUUUCAAUGUUUUUUUAUCGGUUUAAAUCGUUCGUUUUGAAGAAGAAGAGACCUCUGCAGAUAAUUCAGCUCCUGGUCAUGAAACCCUGAAAGAAUUCUAACCAGGAGAAAUUUCAGCUGGUUGCAAUCUGCACUCCUCAUUGCGAGAUGCAACUAAAUCUUCCACACUGCUCCUUUAAGCUCAGCAACCUUGAGUUAAAAAAAUGCUGCAUCAUCUCUUGAGCAUCGUCCCUUUUUUGGUAGCAUUGAUGGUAAAAGGCAGCACUGUGUCCCAUAUGCUCGCAGUCUUACUCUGCACAACCACGUCUAGUAGGCUGUACUUCACGACGUCUUCAGGACAGCUUCUAAGAAAAACUACUACAGCAGUGUCAUGUUUCUGUGAUGGAACCUGACGCUGAAGUAGCUGUAAAUAUGUUUUCCAAAGAAACAUAACGUGUAAUGACCACUUUCAGACAUUUGUCUGCCCUGUGUGAGCGUGUGCGUGGUCACAGCCAAGCAGCUGUGAACUUUUUAAUUUAUUUGUAUAAGUGAUUUGCAGGCCUGUUGUCAAAAUAUUGUUGCUGAAUACUGGACUUAUGAAUGAAAGAUAAAGGAAUGUGAUGAUUUUAUGGCUUUAGUUUGAGCUUGAGGAGAAAUGAACCUGCACUGAAACACCUGCAAUGACAAGGCACCUCAAAAUUCAGUGUCACCGCUGGAUCACUUUACAUUUACAUGAGAUUUUUUGUUUUUUGUUUUAUACUUGUUUUUUGUGUCAUAAUUGUCAUUUUCUGGCUCUUACUGGUGUCCUAUGAACCUACUCCUCUUCUGUGAAGUUGUGGUGGUGAACUGUUUUGUGCGUCAGGGGCGCCCCCUGCAGCCGGAGAAAAGCUGGUCACUCACAGACCAGAAACUCAACGCCUUUUUCUCUUCCUCUCCUUUGUCUGGUUCCCUCCUUGUAAAUUGUACAGACUGCAAACUUAAGCCACACAAAAGAUAUAAAAUGAAAAAAAAAAAUCAACUGACCCUUUUAAACUUGUAAAAAAAAAAGUAUGAUAGUAGAAAC